GUUCAGCGUGAGCGCACCGCCGCCGUCUCCGCCCCGGCCCCCAGCCCGGCUGCAGCGCGCACCAUGGGCUCCAUCCUGAGCCGCCGCAUCGCGGGGGUGGAGGACAUCGACAUCCAGGCCAACUCGGCCUAUCGCUACCCCCCGAAGUCCGGAAACUACUUUGCUUCGCAUUUUUUCAUGGGGGGCGAGAAAUUCGACACACCACAUCCUGAAGGUUACCUGUUUGGAGAGAACAUGGAUCUGAACUUUCUGGGCAGCCGCCCAGUCCAGUUUCCCUACGUCACUCCUGCCCCCCACGAGCCAGUGAAGACAUUGCGGAGCCUGGUGAACAUCCGGAAAGACUCCCUCCGCCUUGUGAGGUACAAGGACGACGCCGACAGCCCCACUGAGGACAGCGAGAAGCCCCGGGUGCUCUACAGCCUGGAGUUCACCUUUGACGCCGAUGCCCGUGUGGCCAUCACCAUCUACUGCCAGGCGGUGGAGGAGUUCCUGAACGGCACGGCCGUGUACAGCCCCAAGAGCCCUCCUCUGCAAUCUGAGACCGUCCACUACAAGAGAGGGGUGAGCCAGCAGUUCUCCCUGCCCUCCUUCAAGAUCGACUUCUCGGAGUGGAAGGAAGACGAGCUGAACUUUGACCUGGACCGGGGCGUGUUUCCGGUGGUCAUCCAGGCGGUGGUGGAUGAAGGAGACGUUGUGGAGGUGACCGGCCACGCCCACGUGCUCUUGGCUGCUUUUGAAAAGCAUGUGGACGGCAGCUUCUCGGUGAAGCCUUUGAAGCAGAAGCAAAUCGUGGACCGGGUCAGCUACCUGCUGCAGGAGAUCUAUGGCAUCGAGAACAAAAACAACCAGGAGACCAAGCCCUCGGACGAUGAGAACAGUGACAACAGCAGCGAGUGUGUGGUGUGCCUGUCGGACCUGCGGGACACGCUGAUCCUGCCCUGCCGCCACCUCUGCCUCUGCACCUCCUGUGCCGACACGCUGCGCUACCAGGCCAACAACUGCCCCAUCUGCCGGCUCCCUUUUCGGGCCCUCCUGCAGAUCCGAGCCGUGCGGAAGAAGCCAGGAGCCUUGUCCCCCAUCUCUUUCAGCCCCGUCCUGGCCCAGAGCGUGGACCAUGACGAGCACUCCUGUCCCUUUAAAAAAUCAAAGUCGCACCCCGCCUCCCUGGCCAGCAAGAACCCUAAAAGGGAAACAAGCUCCGACAGCAUCCCACCCGGCUACGAGCCCAUCUCCCUGCUGGAGGCGCUCAACGGCCUGCGGGCCGCCCCCCCCGCCAUGCCCUCAGCCCCCCUCUAUGAGGAGAUCACCUACUCGGGCAUCUCGGACGGCCUGUCCCAAGCCAGCUGUCCGCUCGCUGGGAUCGAGCGUGUCACAGAAAGCAGCCACCCGAAGGGCAAGCCGCGGAGCAGGUCUCCGGACAGCACCCUGCGGUCCCCGUCAUCCCCCAUCCGUGAGGUGGACGAAGAGAAGCUCUCCGAGGACUCCAGCGCUCCUCCCCCACCAAGUAGUACAGAGCUGGUGCUGCGGGAAAGCAGUUCCCCUGAGAGUUUCUUAACGGAAGAGGUGGCCGAGUCGUCGCUCAAGCAAGGGAGCCGAGCGCCGUCCAUCGAGAACGUCCUGCAGGACAGCAGCUCUGAGCACUGCGGUCAUGGCCCGCCAGGCCCACCUGCCGACAUCUGCCUGCCAGGAUGGCCCACCUCCAUGGAGACGCCCCGCGGCCUCAGCACCACCGGCCCCCCCUGGUCUCUGCUUGGUGGCCCCAGUCCUGACACAGGCACCACUGAGCUGACCCCGCUCUGAGAUUGGCCAGGCGCAGCGUGGAGCCUCCACUCCCCGGACUCUGCGAGGGGCUUCCUUGGGCCCAGUGAGGCCUAGCCACCCGUCUGCAUGCCCCUGUGGCCCCCAGGCUCUGAGGGCCUGUGGCGACUUGAUCAAUGAGCACAGUGGACUGUCCCCCACGAACCCCUUUUCUACGGCCAAUGUAUUUGUAGAUGGUACAGAUGAAGGACCACACACUCUGUCCUGGGCGCCACGCCCUGUGGGCUGUGCGCUGAGGCUGGGUUCCCCCAGCCAGCAAGGCCGACACCGAGAACUCAGGAGCCCAGCGGAGAUGUCCCUGAGGGUGAAGUGCUGAGUCACAGUCAAUGAAGGAACAGUACCUGCCCACUGCCCGCCACGCAGGCCGCAGUGACCUGUCACUGCUGCUGUGUGUCCUCCGUGGUGUUGGUCACGGCUGUGGGUGGCUCUCUCUACCUCCCUGUCCCCCUCUGCUCUGCUACUGGCCUCCUCUCACUGGGCCCUCUCCCUGAGCAGCCUGGUAUCUGCACUUGAGGUUAGGACCUGGGUCUGACCGAGGGGCACGGGCGCAGCCUGUGUAGCCGUUGGCACCUGCUGUCCCUGUCACUAAGCCCUGUGCCUGCUCACAGGUCCCGCUCUACUCACAUUAGAUCCCAUCUGCCAGGGAGGGACCUGGGCACCUUCCUCAGCUCCCCCUUUGCCAUUUCAAUGCCACGUUGUGUUUUUCCUUGAUUUGUUCUGUCUGGAGCCCUCCAGGCAGGGCCUGCCGGCAGAGGAGAGGACUAGCAGCCCACUUGGGAGAUGGGGCCCAACCAGAUGCUUAUGAUAAGCCCCUGUGCAGCUGAAAGGAAGAGGCGCACCCAGGCCUGAGCCCUCAGCAGGGCCUUGAACCAGGUGGGAACGUGUAGCUCCCCUGGCCUCUGCCAACCCCGUGGAUACCCCUGCCCACAAGGCCGCCCUCCCUGGUGCUCGGGGUCACUGCGAGCCCAGGCUUUCCUGAGACGGGUGCUUACGAGAAGUUCGGCACUGACAGGUCGGUCCCUCUGAUGGAGCCUGAGUGGAGGAGCACUUCACCCCUGGCUCCCUGCUGCACCAGGGCAGCCACCCCCCACCACCACUGUGUGUGCUCGUGUGCACACAUGCGUAUGCGCACACAACCCUCACGCCGCCAGCACGGGCCUCUGGCCGGUGGCCUUGGAGCGGUGCUGUCAGAGGGUGGGAGGCGGCAGGCCGUGGCGGAUCCGGCUGUCGUGAUGUACCCUGGCUGCUUCUGUUCGUUUUUACUGUAUAUUUAUAGUAAUAAAGUCACGCAGCAAUA